AUGGCUAUUUGUCGCUUUAUUAGUGAUUUUAUAUCGUCUUAUUCGAACUUUGAUAAUGGAAAACUUUUAUUAACUUUCGAACCAGUAGCAACUAUUACAGUUGCAACUGCAUUGUAUAAACGUGUAGAAUCAGGGCGCUGGUCUGGAAACUGUGAUCAAGAAGUCCAGAAUUUCGUUCAAACAUUAGAAAAAGUGAAAAAUCUUGUUCCAAAUGGGGAUUCGUUGCGUCUAGAAAAACUCCAAAGUUUUGGAAAAGGUGAAGUUUUAAAACAACGGGUAAUGACUGCAGUUGAAGAUAUGGUCUCACUUUUAGAGUUGAAUGCCUUAGUAUGUAUAAUCAGCAAAUUUUUUAGUAUCGGUUUGGUUUAUAAUAUUAAGCCAAUAUUACAAAAUGUGGAUAUAGAAUCUUGGAUCGAUGACGCAGAAGAAAAUUUGAAUAUGUUAAAGGGGAAUGUAGCUCAUGCUGUAGCAAACGCAAGUUCGGAGGACGAGAAACUUUUAUGGAAGAGAUUGGGGAAUGACUUAGAGAAA